AUGCUCUGGUCUCAGGGUGUAGCUGCCUGUCUGGUGCUGGUGUUGAACCCUCUCCUCUUAGUGUUGCUGCUGCAACAGCAGGUAGCUGAGGCUGAGGCUGAGGCCGUGACUGAGGCUGAGGUCGGGGCUGAGGCUGAGGCCGUGACUGAGGCUUGGUCCGUGACUGAGCCUGGGGUUGGGGCUGAGGCUGGGGUCGGGGCUGAGGCUGGGGUCUGGGCUGAGGCUGUGACUGAGGCUGGGGUCGGGGCUGAGGCUGGGGUCUUGGCUGAGGCUGGGGUCGGGGCUGAGGCUGGGGUUGGGGCUUGUGGGGCUGGGGUCGAGGCCAGUGAGGCCGGGGAUGGGGCUGAGGCCAGGGCUAGUGAGGCUGAGGCCAGGGUCAGCAGCUGUCCCAAGGGAUGCCUGUGUUGCUCCGACAUACUCAGCUGCGCCGACCAGGGUCUGAAGGCGCUGCCCUCCGAGCUGCACGCGUACAUCACCACCCUGGACCUCAACCACAACCUCCUGACUGAGCUGAAGGAGGGAAGUUUUGCUGCGUUGCCCCGUCUGAAGUCCCUGCGCCUGGCACACAACCGCCUGAAAUGCCUAGAGGCCGGAACCUUCCGGAACAGCAGCUCGCUACGGCAACUGGACCUGUCGUCCAAUCAGCUAGACAAAGUGGAGGUGCACUACUUCCUGGAGCUGACAGGAUUGGAGGAGCUGCUGCUCUUCAACAACCGCAUCGUUCGGGUGGAGAGCAAGGCCCUGGCGGUGCUUGGCAACCUGCGCAAGGCCUACAUUAGCCACAACCGGCUCACGGACUUCCCCUUCUUCUCCAUCCAAGAGCACAGCCAUCCAUUCCUGGCCACCAUAGACCUGUCCUCCAACAGCAUGUCCAAACUCCCCCUGGUGGACAUCGAGACCCUGCCGGCGGCCUUGCAGAGUGGACUCUUCCUCCACAACAACACCCUGAUCUGCGAGUGUGAAAUGUACAACAUGUUCCGGCGCUGGGAACAGAAGGGAUUCCUCUCCAUCAGGGAAUUUCGGAAGGAGCACACCUGCCUGCUGUAUGGGGAACGCAAGGCCUCCGUUAAGUUUUUCCAGCACAGACGCUUCUUUGAACUGAACUUGAACUGCAGUUCGGCGGUGGCUGGAGCUGUAAGGGAGCCUGAGGGCAGCCUGCUGGUGUAUGAAGGAGACGGCAUGGUUCUGGACUGUCACACCACGCUCAAAGGACAGCACCUGACCUACCUGUGGGUGUCGCCUCACCAUGGGGCCGGGGCCCCACCGGAGAACAACGGCACCCUCCGCAUGCACGCCAACGGCAGCCUGGAGAUCGUAUCAGCGCAGGUUGAGGACUCCGGAGUGUACUGGUGCAAGGUCUUUGACGCAGUCAAGAGGAACGAAUCAUGGGAGGUCAAUGUGACAGUGUUGAUGCGGCACGACGAGGCCGAGCCCUUCAACACUGGGUUUACAACCCUCAUAGGGUGCGUGACGACCCUGGUCCUGGUCCUCAUGUACCUCUACCUGACCCCCUGCCACUGCUGGUGCCGCAAGCAGCCCCCGCCGCCGUGUACCCCCAGCCCCGCCAACGACCAGUGCAGCGCCCAGGCCUCGAUCCUGACCCCCACCCCACCCACAACCACUGAGGGCCCAGGCCUCAAGAUGUCCUUUACUAUCACCGAUCACUCUCCUCGUCUGGGAGCAUGGACCACUCUUCCAUCACCACGGUAACAUCAGACGGCAGGGCAACAGACAGAGGCAGACUCCGGAUGACCUCUGUCACAACAACAACAACCACAUUCCCGACAAACAGAGAAGACUAAAGUCCUGGUUGGCCUGUAGGACUGAAUAGUCUUCUAUAACCAGCUUCAACAAAAAAAAAAAAACACUGUCUCCUGUAUAGGCACAGAGCGGUUUCUCCGUAAACCACAAAUAAGAGCCACCUACUUAUGCACGUCUCACUCAAUCACUGGGAUCUAUAACGCCUUUUUAAUGGCGCAACAAGGCCAGAGAUAUCGGUAUUGUUAGGCUACAGCACGAUGAAGGAGGAGGACAAUGAAUGAUAUUAGCAAUCAUUUGAAACAGCAUUAUGUAGCUAGUGAAAGUAGCUCAGCUGGUAGAGCACGGCGCUUGUAACGCCAAGGUAGUGGGUUCGAUCCCCGGGACCACCCCAUACAC